UAGUAACAGGCGUUCCAUCGGCGUACUGGCAACACUGUAAAGGUGUGUGUGUUGUGGGACCCUCAUUGAUUCAUCCAGUUCGCCGUCUCUAACAAUUUUUCCAUAAUGUCGAAGGAACCCGAUCAAGAAUUAAAGAAGGCCUUCAUGGAACUUCAGGGAAAGAUGCAGGAAACCAACCAAAAAUUAAGAAUUGCUGAUGUACAAGUAGAAAGUCUCAAAAAACAGAUUGUUCAUGCUCAACUCACAGACAAGGAAAUACAGAGUCUGGGCGAUAGCACAAGAGUGUACGAUAGUGUGGGUAGAAUGUUUCUUUUGACAGAUAUCCCACAGAUUCGAGAAAAUUUGAAAGCUAAAGUUGAAAAGUGUAAUGAGAAAAUCACCAGCUUACAGGCAAACAAGGAAUACUUGGAGCGCAGUAUGUCAGAGAGCCAAAAUAACUUGAGAGAAAUGAUAAAACUCAAGCAGUCCAUGGGUGUGGCUUAGAAGGCUGGCGUGGGUCUUAUUUUCUUUAUAAAAAUCAUCAUUAAUCUCAACCAAUUAUUCCAAUGCAUUGUAAUCAUUUGGCAGUGACAAUAAUUGUGGAAAAUUUCAGAAAAAUAUGGCUUUGAAAAUCCGUAAAUUCUUUUCUCCUCUCGUGAUGUGGAUAUAAGUUUGAUUGAACUGUCAUAAGCACUAUACCUAUUGAAAAUCACUUCAGAAAUUUGUGUGUAAAAGAUCCUCUUCUGAAUACUUUUACUCCAAAUACUAGA